AUGCAGAAUGGAGCUUCGACAAUUGAUUUGGAUGAUCCUUUGGACACACAAACUUGUGAUCUGUGGUAUACCCGUGAUAUUUACGAAACAUUCGAUUUGCUUAUCACAUUCAUACCCUAUUUUCUUAUUAUAAUAUCUUCGUUGGGUCUCAUUGGUAUCUAUUUCCAUCGAAAAUGUUUUAGUGGUGGUUAUGGUCGUCAACAACGACGGUUUGCUAUCAGUGGAAAUCAACGACGCCUUCUCUUUUCCAUUCAUCUGUUUCUUAUCUGGUUUCUUGUAACGUGGUCACCUUGGGUCUUAUAUGAUUUUUUUCAAACAAUUUUGAAUCUUACUUAUUCAGUUUACAUUGAUGCAAUAACAACAUUUAUCGUCUAUUUAAAUUACACAUUUAGUUCAACAAUCGUUUUAAUUACUUUCAGAGAAUUUCGAAAAUAUUGUCUUCACAAGAUCGGUAUGUCACAACCUACUAUUUCAUUUCAAAAGCGUGUUGCACCAGCUAAAACAGUUCAAUAUGUACCAGCAGAAAAUCGUAUUGCUGUUGUUUCGACAUAUAUAAAAAAAGUGGGCGAACUAUAA